AUGGCUAUCAGCGCUAGUAGACAUGGGUCUCUCCCUCUCAGCACACCCUCAUUGUACUCUAAUGUCACUCAAUCAGCAAGCCAGUCAGGAGCCUGGCUGCCUUUAACACCCUCAACCAAUCCCAAGUUGUCCUUCAUUUUUGGUCAACAACCACUUGAAGAAUUGCAUGGAGACAUUUUCAGGCCUUCCCCAGCUGUAGAACUACCUGAUCCUGAUCAGCUAAUACUUCUUGGCGAUAACCUUAAAGCAGCUUUCCUAAAAACACUUGCUUUUGACCAUGAUCAAGCUGAUGAAGGCUUGAAUAUCGAUCAUUGUAUCACAAUUCUUGAAGAACUUCAGCAGUUUCAAGUAAAUAUGAUCACCAUCCAGCAUAUCACACUAGCGGAAUACGCAGCUGUCUUAGUGUUUACGUGCGAAUCACAUAUAGAAAUCAAAGCGAAAUCCAACUACUUUCCAGACACUCAAGAAGUUGAGAUCAUGAGCCCCUCCCCCAUUCAUGAAAUGAUCAUCACAUGGCUUCAAAAAUGUUUCAUCACCUACUCUUCACAGAUCAGUCACGAUGACCGGUAUGUCGACACGCAAUUCUUCAUGAACAAUCAGCUCUCUGAUGAAGAAUCAUCGCAGCAAGUCCCAGAUAUCAUGGGUGUCGUACACUCUGUCGAUCAGUUCGACAAUGAUAAAAGUUUCAUCCAGUGGCUUGUCGAGGCAGGUUUCAGCCAAAGUGACGCAUCCAUCAUGUGCAAGUUUGGGAACAUGGUGAAGAACAACUCAGAUAUCAAGAAGCUAAUCAGGGUAUCGAUCGACGAGGAUGGAACGUUCCAAGGCCCCGAAGAGCAUACUGAGGUCGUGAAGUUGCUUCGCAAAUCUGGAUCGCAGAUGAACCACGCAAAGUUCAAGAGCCUUAUUCCGUCCAAAACAUCUGGCACAAUGUUUGGGCCUGUAGUUGUUAGGGGGCAUAAUUGGUUGAAGUUGAAGGCGGUCAGAAUCACGGUGUUCUUGAAGGAUGAAGCAUCAAGCAAGUUUCGAUUCGAUUGGAGGGAUCCUGAGCACUACACCGAAGGGACUCUCGUUCCUGAUGUAGAUAUGAUGAAUGUAGAUUGCCUACUCAACACGAGCACUGCGAACCUCAAGGCCGAGAUGAUUACCAUUAUGGAGGAGUUCGGGCUCGAGAAGAGCAUGAUAGACAAGGCCUGUAACUCCAAACCUGUACUACUGCUCAACUGGUCUGCCGCUGCUAUGCAGAUGUCCUCCGCCGUUUGCGACACCACCUACUUUUGUUGUGUUGAUUGGUUCAACUACAAAUACAACAAGUGUAAGAGUGCUACUACCACUCACACUGGCACAGAAGUCUCCGGCGAGUCAUCUCAGAUCGUCACUCUGGAUGCCCCUCUUGCCAGUGGUUCCACUGAACGUGACUCGAAGAAGUUGAAGGUCUCAAAAGACUCGGAGGAGACAAAUAAUGCCAGCUCGAAGAAGAAGAAGAAGAAGAAGAAGAAGACGAGCAAGAUAGACUUGGACACUAGCUGGCAUAAUGCCCGACUGCCCGAACUGUCUAAAGAAGUUCAAGGAUCCCUUGGGUGUUACACGUCACCUAAGCCAGCCCCUCGUAUCAUGCCGACAAUACUCGGAACUCAAAGUCCUGAUGGCUUCUUGAUGGACUUAGAUCUGCCACCAGCAUGGAACCCGGGCCCUAACUCGGAUGGGGAUGAUAUGGUCUACCAUGAUGAAGAAGCAGAUGACUGGGAGCUCGCUAAUUUUCUACUGUCUUCGGCACUGAGUAUGGUGGCCAUAGAUCGCUUCCUAGGGAUAGAACUGAUCAAAGCCUUACCGCUCUCCUUUCGCACAGCAAAAGAGCUACGGGGUCAUGCUGAGCUUCUACCCUCUGGUCCCAAGUGGCAAUAUUGUGUUGUUUCCACCAAUCAUCCAACAAAACUACCUGUGCACCUGUAUUGGCAUGAUCCACUGGACUGUAUUGAAUCCCUCUUCAAUAAUCUGAGAUUUGCCAAGGAUAUUGACCUCAUACCUGAAUGCAUAUAUACCACGGCGGAGCGUACAGUAUGGAUAUACGGCAAAUGGAUGACUGGCAAAGCAGCCUGGACGAUGCAGUCCAAGCUUCCAGAGGAUUCUACACUACUUGGUGUAAUACUUUCCUCUGAUAAGACCAAUAUCACGAACAUGACCGGCAGAUGCGUCACCCACCCCCUCCUCAUCAGUCUUGCCAACAUCAAGAUGGCAGUUCAAAACAAGGCAUCAUCACACGCUUUUCUUCUCACAGCCCUGCUUCCCAUCGCUGAAUUUUUGCAUCCAGUCAAACAUAUGCAAGGUGUUCUAGAAGCUCGCCUAAUCCAUCAUUGUCUUGAAAUUAUCCUCGAGCCACUCAAGCAGGCUGCGCGCAUUGGACGUAUGAUGUUAGACCCAGUCGGGAACCUUAGAUAUUGUUUUACUCCCCUGGCUUCAUAUAUCGUGGAUACACCUGAGGCGGCCAUGCUUGCCUGUGUUCGAGGAAAGACCUCACACCUCACCACGGCUUCAUAUAAGCAAUUUGGUGACGCCUUCCAACACCCCCCGCGCACAGCCAAAACCACCCUUACACAACUCAAGAACAUCAAAUCUAUAUGCGACCCUCUAGAUGUUGAAGCCUUCUUCGCCGCAUGUGAGCCCAACCACCUCAGCGGUGUUGUUGAUCCGUUCUGGCGCAACUGGCCAUUCACAGAUCCAAACUUGUUUCUGACCCCGGAGGCCUUGCACCAUUGGCAUCACGAAUCCUAUGAUCACAAUGUACAGUGGUGUAUCAAAAUCAUUGGUGCAGAGGAGCUCGACUUUCAUUUCUCUGUCUUACAACCGCUCGGUAUCUCAAUGCUCAAGCAAGUCACCGGAAGAGCGCAGCGGGACAGACAGCAUUACCUUGUUGCUGUCAUCGCAAAUGCUGCACCUCCAGGCGUCGUCAUAGCUGUCCGUGCGCUAAUGGACUUCCGUUACUUAUCUCAAGCAGUAACCAUCAACGAGAAGCAAUGUCAGAAGAUCCUUGAUGCUCUCAAGACGUUUCACGACCACAAACAUGAAGUUAUCAUGCAUGGUGGGCGUCGGGGUGCCAAGAGCAAAAGCAUCCUCGACAACUGGUACAUUCCAAAGCUCGAAAUGAUGCAAAGUGUUGUGCCGAGUAUCUGUCAAGAUCCAGCAGAAUCUACAAAUAACCAGAACUAUGAUCCCCAGAUAUGUCGAUAUCUGGAUCGCGUCGAAAAAUGUCAACAUUUUCAUCUUGCAAUGUCUAUUGCCCAGCAACCGCAGUCCCAGAUGCACACCGCCACUGCCGGAUAUAGAGAUGAUCCGGAUGAUGGGAUCGAUGAUGACGAGAAUGCCGAUGAAGCAGGUGAUAUCCAGGCUGCCAUUAGUGAUUUGUGGGGGACAGGAUGUGUUGUAUCAAAUUUCUUCAAGAAGGCACAACUUGCCUCGUUGUCCACCACAGUGCCCAGACCACUCCACAUGUUCGUCAUUGGCUCCACCGCCAUACAUCUCAAUUUUGACCCCUCAUUACGACACCAAGCUAUCGACGAUGUCGCUGGGAAGUUCUGUUUGCCCAACUUGUCAGCCCUCCUUCCUGCUCUGAUGGUUAAUGCGUCUCCGCCAGAUGCCAAUUGGAAGCAUGGCCGCUACGAUGCUGCCAUAUUUACUGUUGAUGGCACAGAACAAUGGCCUGCUAGCGGGCUUAAAGGACACAUUGUUGUUGAGGUUCACUUCAUAAUGUUACCAGUCUCACCACCAGGCAGAACUCUCCCGUGGGCUGGACGUUUCCUUACUUAUGUCCAAUGUCUCGACAUGGUACAUCAGCAGCGCAGAAUGGUGUUGGACCGCACUACGCAGAUGCAUGUUCUAAAACGUGCUAUGCGUGCAGGAGCAAUGCCUUUCAGCGACAUCCUUCCCCUAGAUCAACUUUGUUCCUUUGCUCACAUAAUUCCCCACUUUGGUCCUCACGCUGACACUCGUCUGACGCCACAAAACAGCUCUAAGUUCACUCAAUCAUUUUUGCUUAACAAGUACAUCGAUAAGGAUUUUUACUAUACUAUCUCCGAGUCCAAUGCAGUGGCAUAG